CGUCAUUACCGUCUCUUCAGUAACAUACAGACACUUCGUUAAUAGCGAUGCAAGUUGAAGCCACCCUGGAACAUGUCUGAGACAACGGACGCCAUUUUAGUCGCUGGCAUGCCAAAGUGUAAGGAAAGAGCGAUUGGACGGGCACUUAAAGAGGGAUAAACCCCUCACUCUUCCUUCCCCGGUGCAUAACCAUUGAGUAUAUGUCAAGAGUGCAGAACAUCUCUCAACCAUGACAGACAUGACUGACAACCACAAGGAAGCCUGGCAAGAACUAAUCGGUGCAGCGGAGAAAUAUCGUAGACAGACUGGAAAUGACAUUGUGCUAAUCACGGCUUACAAGUCUAAGUUGCAACCGCCCUAUGCAUACACUGUUCAUGGGAGUGGCCUGCUCCUGGAGGCCACCCAGCGGUACCUUGAUGACAUUUCUGUAGUGCACAAAACGACUGUUUUUACCAGCCCACUUCCCAUCAAGGGGAACAAAGAGUCACCUGGUGGUAAGCAGAACUCUUACUCAAAGAGCUACCCUUCUAUCUAUGGCAAAGAAGGCUUUUCAUCCCUGGAGGACAAUGAUCGGUCCAUGGCAGUGCCUCAGAGCCGCAUGUCUGAUCACCUGCUGUCUUUGGAUGGACCAGGAGAAGAGGACGACUAUGACUACAAGCAAGGCAACCUACAGAAGGCUGCCGAGACUGUCCCUAGUGACUCUACAGGACUGUUUGUGAUGGAUGAAGACUCAAAUAGCCAAGACUGUGAACCUUUCUUUGAAUCUGACCAGGAAGAGAGCACUGAUGAAUCUGCUCUUCCAGAUGGAAGCCUGAGUGAAGAAGCCCCUGGACAUCAUUUGCCCCAAAACAACUUUCAGCAGUAUGCAAAGUCUCUCCCAGUCACUGUGCCCGUCUGGGGCUUCAAAGAGAAGAGACAGACCAACAAGUCAUCAGAUGAUGAAGCUGGCAAGUUUCCGUCACCAGACCUGGAUCGUAUUGCUGCUAGCAUGAGGGCCCUGGCUCACGACACAACGCAGCCCUUUGGUGACCUCCCACGACCCCGGCUGAACACUGGUGACUUCCACACAAAAUAUCGGAAGUAUUAAGUGAUGAGCGGCUCAAUCUGCCGACUGGUCUGAACACUAAAGACUUUCCUCUUCUAUGAAUCAGCAGAUGAUGCUCCAUAGGUAUGACACCUGUCCACUCAUUAGAAGGCUGACUGGUUCCCUUUCUAUUGUGGUCAACUGAAUUUUUAAUUUUUGCCUUUAAAUUUUCUUUCCCCAAGUUGUCAGAUUUGGCAAAGAUGGGUUCCCUAGCAAGUCUAUAUAACAAAUUUUACCCCUUUUUUAACAUUGCCUCAAUAAAAAGAGGAAUACA